UCAUCUGCUGCUGUGAAAACGGAAUCGCGGGUGAAAAGAUACCAAACACAAGGUCUUUUAAAUAAAACUGCUGACAAAAAACGUCAUAAGAGACAGAGAGAGAAACUGUUCCAAAUUCCGUUGUGGGUGAGAAGUCAUGUUUAAGGCUUGCUGCUAAACAAAACGCUCGUUUUCGGUCCAAAAAUUGGAUAAACACUGACUUUUUAUGAGGAAAAUGCAAAAGAAGUGACCACAAUACACCAGUGGAGAAAAAAGAGGAAAAAGAAGGAGAAAGAACGAAAAAAGACACAGUUUGAAGAAGGAGUUCAGAAAACAAAGCUCAGAAACAGAGCAUCAAACUGAAGAGAAAAAAACAAGGAGAACAAAAACAAACGAAGAAGGGGAUAGAUGGACUCAAGCAAGUAACAGCAAACUACUGGACACUGAAAUCAGUAAGUUUUUGCAUUUAUUAGGAUAAAACAAGUCCCAACUGACACACUCAAGCUAAUAGCUAACAAGCUAACACUGGACUGUGGUUACCUAGCAACGGCAUCAAUAACAGCAGUAGUGCUGUUUUAAACACAGAACACAGAAGCUUGAAGAUCAACAACUGUUUUCAUGAGGUCUCCACACUCUGAAACCAUUGAAUACCCCCAGCUAUCAAAAGCAAAACUGUAAGAGGAAAAUAUAAACAAACAUUACUUCGAGAAAGACCAGAAAUCCUAUUCCUGGACCACUACAAAGAUGGAAGAUCCUGCAAUUUAAUCUUCUGGACAGAUGAACCAUGUGCCUGGCUGCAUGUGUUCAGCUCUCAUUACCCAGCAAUAAAGAGAGUAGGCAUUUGUAAUGGAUGGAAAAUAAGUCUACUGGAAGAAAAUGACUCUGUCACCAGCAGAAUAACAGUAAACCUGUUCAAAAAUGGAACUGCCAUGAUACAAGGCAACCUGAGACAGUUUGAGCUUGACUUUCCUGCUAUGAGACUGAGAAGGAGGUCCUCGCAAGCAUCGCUCCAACCCUGGGAGACAAACCGUCCUGUUCUGUCCCUGCUCCAGACAGACAGCCUGCUGAUGCUGACACUGAUCCUCUCCUGCUACAGCACUCUGAGGCCCUGGACAUCAUGAGAGAACACUUCUCCCAGAUAGAAAUAGAACUGGUACAGAUCAGAGAGCAGAGCUGGACCAACAGCAGCCUACCUCUUCUACUGUCAGGGACUUCCAGGCCAAGAAAGAACAGGACAGUGUCAACAGCUGAGAGAGUUUCAACAAGAACUAACUUGUCAGAGAAGACAGCUGGAUCAUCUUAGUGAGAAGGUGAAGGAACUUAGGAAGGAAAGAGACAACUGCAGAACUGAGUUGGCUACUCUGAGAGAAGAGCUACAGGACAACCCCCUGUGCCCGCCUCUCAGAUCCAGACUACAUCCAGCCAAACUCUCCCUACACCUGCUGAAGGACAACACAGCCCUUUCCUCGAGGACUCCCCCCCCUCACACCCAGCCUGGUGCAGACUAUGAUCCCCCCCCUGUACCAACCAGCUGCCUCCAUACAAACAUUCCAAGCCAAGACGCCAGUCACAACCCUGCAUCUGUCCAAGGCCUAGGCAACAACAACUUAAGGUCCCAGCAGGACAUACUGGCAGACUCUGAGGAGAGUAAUUGAGCAAGCUUCCACCAAUUUCCCUACCAGCAAGAUAGUCAUAUUUACGCUGCUGCACAGGAGAGACUUCCACCCCCACACUAUUCACAGAGUGAAUAUCUCUGGAGCCUCUCCAAGGACUGUGUCCUCAAACCCAAACACCCGACCCUCCACCUGGACUGCCUGUAUGAUAACAUACACCUACACAGAGCAGUCAAGGAUGUUGCUCUUGGAAGGAGCCUCACUACCACUCCAAGGGGUAACCACACAACGCAGACCUCGAGGACCUCCUAGAACUUCAAGACCAUCCAGACCUCCACCAUGCAUCCACCCCCGGCUGUCAGAGAGGACGGCCAGGUCACCAAAUCCACCGCAUCACCAACAUCACAACCCACAGGAACAAAUUUACAUUCACAAAUACGGAGCAUUUCACAGCCAACACCAACACUGGCCUCUGAUACCCAGCCAGAGAGCCCCCGAGCCUGGAGGUCCUAUACCCCCCCUCAUCCCAACGGCAGAACCAAGACUACUGGAGCAGCAGCCUAUUGGACUGAACUACGCUGCAGCGUUCAUCAAAUCAAGCUUCCAGGUCCAAACUCAACGGAAGCCUACUCCUCUUCACAUCCAAUUGGGCCACAGCCAUUCUCUCAUCCCAUCAUCACCAGUGGUCAUCAUCCCUAUGCACAGACAGGAGAGAGGAUGUCUUGCCGAACUUCUACCCUCAAUAUUCCUCUUCUUUCUCCUAAUGGGAAUGGACCUACUGCCUCAUACAGGGCCCCCCCCUGACCCAAAGAGGCAGGCUCCUAUCUGGACUCCACGUUCCGAUUCCUGUUUUGAUAAUAGUGACGCACUCAAUUCUGCAAAUGUAUCACUUUUUGAUUUCCACUCCUCUUCAGGCACUGAGUAAGUGCAUUCAACCAGAGUCCCCAGAUUCAAAACUAAACAUAGAGAAGCAGCGUUAAAUUUUUUUGCACCACAUACACUAUAUGGACAUAAGUACUGGGACACCUACACAUUACUUUUAUGAUAUCCCAUUCUAUAUCUAUAGCCAUUAAUAUGGAUUUGGUCCCACCUUUGCAGCUAUAAAAGCUUCUACUGUAAAGGAGAAGGCCAAACCCAAACUGUUGGAAGAACUAUUGUCUUAAAUUGUAUGCUGUAGCAUUAAGAUUUCCCUCAUCAAAAAACACACCAUGAAAAAACAGCUCCACCAAAACGUAUAUCUUAUCUUACUGGGACAGGGGUGUCCACGUGGUGUAUCUGGAACAAACUCUCACAAAAAUUGAGAACUGCUCCACUUCUCAAUUCUUUUAAAUCAGUGCUUAAAACCUUUCCACUUGACACUGCAUUUUAUAUACAAGUAAAACUUGGGGCUAUUUGUUAAUGUCUUGCACUGCAAUU